CCAAGCGAUGGUGUAUACCCUGACAAUCAGUUUGCCUCUGGUUAUCUUGAUGCGACGGGUUUGGAGAUACCGUCCAGAUGGAAAGCGGCGCUUAAAAUGGGGGUUUCUUUCUGUUGGUAAUGAGGGAGAUAGAUAGAUAACGAGCUCCACACUGGGGAUUUACACACCCUUUGACUGCUAUUCACCAAGGUUCUUUGAUAGUCUCUACCUUGUCAAUUCUCCCUCCCAGACUCUCACUUUACAUUUGCUUUCAAUAUCAUUUUCCCAAGUCUUCCUCAGUCUCGCAACAUGUCCACCACCACAUCUAACAACCCCAACCCAAACCCCAACACCCCCGCAGCGCCUAGUGGGCCCGGCUCCACCAAAAUCGCGGGGAAGCUGGAGUUGCUGUCCCGGCAGAAUCGCUCCCAACCGCCGCUAUCGUCAUCAUCAUCAGCCCGCUCCUCCCCCUUCCCAACCCACCUCGGCCUCUUCGCCUACGGCACAUUAACCAUCGAUGCGGUGAUGCACACCCUGCUAGACCGGGUGCCGCCGUCAACGCUGACUUCAGCGCCCGGGUGGAGAGCAGCUGGCUUGCCGGAUUUACCAUACCCAGGGCUUGUCGCCGACCCGACAAGUGUGGCACCAGGGAGGGCCUACAACGACCUCACAAAGCGAGAAUGGGCCAUUUUGGACUCUUUUGAGAAUCCAAAAUACGACGUCGUGCGGGUCACUCUUGCCAGUGGCGCUGAAGCGCUGGCCUAUAUCUGGCCUGCUGAUCCCCCUGCACUGACGACCACUUGGACGGUUGACUUCAUCGAUACUGAAGGCAUGGAAGACUACCUAGCCAUGUGUGUGGAAUUCAGGCAGGACUGGGAGAGCCAGAGGUCAAAGACUUCCUGAUCCUGUCAGAGUUAGAUGUUCAACAACGCUAUCAACAGCGGUCUAUUGCGUCUCCGUCGU